AAUUGUUAAGAUAUGAAACCAGCUUAAAAUUCUUUAAAUGCUAAAUAGAGUGGUGAAUUUAGAGCUUUAGUGGUAUGAAUAAUGACUAAGAUUAGAGAUUGCUUGAUUAAAAAGAUUAUAAAAAGGGUCUAAGAAAUGCUGAAAAAUUAUUAGAGUAAGCACCUGAUAAUUGGGAGGUAGUAUCUUUGAAGGCCAUUUUUAUGUAUUACAAUGAUGAACAACAAAAAGGAUUAGAAUUAGCUAAGCAAGCAGUAUUUAAGAAUUUAGGAUCAGACUUUUGUUGGCAUAUUUAUGGUUUAAUUUAUAAGGCAUAAAAAAAUUAUAUUGAGGCUGUAAAAUGUUUUUUGUAAUCAUUAACAAAAGUAGAAGAAAAUAUCUAAUUAGAGAGGGAUACAGCAAAUUUAUAAAUUCAUACAAGAGAUUUUGAAGGUAAUGCAUAACUUAGACAUAAAAUAUUAACAAAAAAGUCAAAUAUGAUAGUUAAUUGGAUAGCAUUUAUAUUUGGUUAACAUUUGAUAGGAAAUUAUGAGAUAGCAUUUAAAGCAAUAAAUUCAGCUGAAUAAUUGAUUUAAAAAGAUUAAUAGAAUCCAAUAAAGAAAGUUGAAAUGAAUGAAUUUAAAUUAUAUUAAAUUUAAUUAGCAAUAGAUGCAAAAGAUUAUUAGAAAGCGAAAUAAAAUAUAAGUUUAUUUAAGAAGUAAAUAUAUAUAUAUUAACUAAAGUGAUAUUACAGAUAUGGUGGCUUAUUAUGAACUUUAAUAUGAUUUAUAUAUGAAACUAGGUUAGAGUUAAGAAGCAGUAGAGGCAGCAAGACAUUUAUUGGAAUUGUAACCAUAGAAUUGGAAAUAUUAUCAAUUAUUAAAAAAGGCAGAUCCAUAAUUUGAUUUAUCAAUUUAUGAUAACACCUUAGUAUAAGGUUAAUUGUUAGCUGAAUAUAGUGGAGAUAAAUUUAAAGAAAGUUUUAUUAAAUUUAUUGAUCCUUUUUUUUAGAAAUCUCUUCCUUCAUUAUUUAGAGAGAUUAAACAUUUGUAUAGAUAGAAUGAGAAAUUAGAUGUUAUAAAGGAAGCAUUUGAGUCUUAUUUAAUUUCUGGACCGAUAUAGAAACUAUGGGCAUUGAUGCUUUUAGCUUAACAUCAUUAUUAAAUUAAGCAAUAUCUUAAAUCAUUAGAAUUAAUUGAAGAAGCAAUAAUCCAUACACCUACAUUACAUGAAUUAUAUUUAAUUAAGGCUAAGGUUUUAAAUAAAUAGGAAAAGUUUAAAGAAGCAUAUGAAGCAGCUGAUAGAGCUAGAUAAUUAGAUUUAGCAGAUAGAUAUUUGAAUAAUAAAACUAUUAAAUAUGCUUUAAGAGCUAAUAUGAUUUAUUUGUCAUAAGAAUUAUUAAGAAUGUUUUUAAAAGAUGGUUCUAAUCCAUAUGAAUUAUAAAUGAUAUGGUUUGAAUUAGGAGUUGGUAGAACAUUUUUAAGAUUGAAUUAUCUUGGACCAGCAUUAGCAUAAUUUUAUUUAAUUUUUAAACAUUAUCAAGAAAUGUAUGAUGAUUAAUUAGAUUUCUAUUAAUUUUCUAUUAGAAAAUACACUCUUAGAUCAUUAUUAUAAAUGUUUGAUGCUAUGGAUAAUAGAUAUAGUGCUAAAUACUUUAUUGAAACUGCAGGUUUAAUGAUUCAAGGUUUAAAUAGAUUAAAACUCAAAUUAUAAGAUUAAGGUAAAGUAGAAUAAAAGAAAUUAACACCUAAAGAAAAAAAAUAAUUAUAAAAAUUAUAAUAAAAAUAAGAAGAAGAAAAACAUCUCAGAGAAUAAUUUUCUAUUGAAGGACAUAUUUAUAGUAUUGAAUUGUAAAAGAAAUUUGAUCUUUCAGGAGAAUAUCUAUUAUCUCAAUUAAAAACUGAAUAAGACAUUAUUAAAAUGUAAAAUCAAUUUGCUUAAGUUUUAAUACAUACGAAUUAUAACAAUAAGGAAAUUAAUUUUUAAGCAUUCAAAUAAUUAGUCUCUUUCUAUAUCCAAUAGAAUAGACCUCUUUUGAGUGUUAAAUUAUUAAAUAAACUUAAAAAUAAUUAAACUGAAAUAAAUUAAAUUGUCAAUCAUAAAUAUUAACUUAUGAUCAUUUAAUAUUGUAAUAUUUAUAAUAUUUAUUUUUAAUAGUAAAUUCAUAUAAGGGACCUUAACUUUAAUAUAUUCAAGAGUAUUAAUAAGAUUUAAAUAAAUUUGAUGCUGAAUUUUGGAAAACUGUUGAAAUCAAAUCUAAUUUAGAUAAAACUAUAAGUAAUUUAUUAAUUAAAUAAUUAAUUAGAAUUGCAUUGUGAAUAUAUUUUAUAAAAUAAGCCAUUUAAUAUUUAAUUGGAAUCCAAUGAUCUAGAUUUCUUAUAAGAAUAUCCUACUGCUAAAGUAUAGCGAAUGUUUAUUAUAGACAACUAAUCCAUUUUAUACAAAUGAUCCUAAUUUGGAAUGGCAAAACAAUUAGAUUAGCUAAUUAUAAUCAUAGUAAUCAACGUAAUCAAUACCAUAAUAACAACAAUAAUAAUGAAAUGUGGAG